AUGUCGCGCCAACUCAUCUCCAGCGAAAAGUUCCCUACCAAGCCUCACAACUGCCCUGCAGUCAAGGUCCCUGGUCUUGUCUUUUGCGCCGGUCAGACUGCCACUGGAGAGAUCAAGCAAGCAACGAAGACUUGCCUGCAGAACCUCAAGGAGGUCCUCGAGCUGUCUGGCUCCUCCAUUGAAAAGGUCGUCAAGUUCAACGUCUACCUUGCCGACAUGAAGGACUUUGCCGCCAUGAACGAGGCCUACAUUGAGUUCCUGCCCCAGCCCAUGCCCUCGCGGUCGUGUUUGCAGGCUGUGGCUCCUGGUGCCGGUACCGUCAUUGAGAUUGAGUGCAUUGCCCAGGCUUAA